AGAUGCUUUAGUUGUAUUAUUUAUUGUAGUCGUAGAUGAAAGAGAUGCAGAAGCACUUGCUAAAAUGAAAGAAAUUAUCGUGAUAAUGGCAAAGGAAAGGAUGCUUCAGAAAAAUCAUUAUCUAAAUAAAUUGCUUUAA